AAAAAUUAGAGAGAUUAAAAAAAAAAAUAGAAAAAAUAGAUAGAUAGAGAGAGGAGAAAGAGAAGAGAGUUGCGGUUCGGUUGAUCAAUCGAUGAGCAAAUUGCUUCCGGUUCAAAUUCUCUUUCUCUUUCUCGCUUCAAUUUUUGAUUGAGAAAGGAAAAAGAAAAAGAAAAAAAAAAUCCAGUUUUUAGGGCUAUAAUAAUUUUGUUUGUUUCCCGGGAAAAUGGUGAGGGAAUCGCCGAGAAAAUGUUCACAUUGCGGAUUAAACGGACAUAAUUCGCGAACUUGUGGAAACUUUUCGAAGGGGAAUAUUAGUAAUAAUAAUAAUAACAAUAAUAGUAAUUGUAAUUAUUAUUGUGUGAAAUUGUUUGGAGUUAAUUUAAUGGACAAUAGAGAUGAAUCUAUGAGGAAGAGUUUGAGCAUGGGGAAUUUGAAUCUUCACGCAUGUAGCAAUAAUGUUCUUGAUCUCAAUAACAACGCCGCCGCCGCCGCCGCCGUCAACAACCUCGCCGGUGAUAAUGCCGUCGCCGCCUCCGCCGAUGACGCUGGGUAUCUUUCCGAUGGCCUUAUUCAUAACAAGAGACGCAAAGCCGCUCAUGAGAGGAAGAAAGGAAAGCCAUGGAGUGAGGAAGAACAUAGAAUAUUUUUGGCUGGGUUGAAGAAGCUGGGGAAAGGGGAUUGGAGAGGAAUUUCAAAGAAUUUUGUGACCACAAGAACACCAACUCAAGUAGCCAGUCAUGCCCAAAAGUACUUUUUGAGGAAGAUGAAUGCAAAUGAUAAGAAGAAACGCAGAGCUAGUCUUUUUGACAUACCUGAAAUCAAAAAUAAUAUUCCUCGAGAUUGUCAGACUCUUGGUGAAACGUCGUCUCAAAAUUUGCUGCCAAAUAAUAAUAAUCCAGAAAACCAACAACAGGUGAAUAAUUUACCAACACAACUUAUCAAUCGAUUCCCUCAUCUUUGUUUGGAUACUCCUCAUUUUAUUUCUCCACCAACUGGAAUAUCACCAUCCUCUACUGCUGCUGCAAAUUUGAAUGACAUUCCUUAUGUGGUUGGAGUUUCCCCCAGUAAUGUUCCAAUAAUCCCUUUGGUGAAUGUUGGAAGAUCAAGAGGAGUUAUGAGCCCAACAAAAAGUCCAAUAAUGGCUGCACAUCCAUCUGGUAUUCCUCCUUCUCCAAGAUCUUCUCCAAGCAGACAUUUAUUGAUGCAGCCUUCUGCCCUAGCAGCAGUGGCUGCAGCCUCCAAUUUUGAGACUGAUGCUCUAGAACUCAAGAUUGGGCUGCCUCAAUCUCCACAGCCUAAAAAUUUGUCAUCUCAAACAACUUCUGGAGCUAUUAGAGUUAUAUAAGAAGAAGGAGAAAAAAAACACUAAAAAAAAAAAAAAAAAGUUGUGUUAUCAGAUUUCUUUUCUAAGAAGGUUAAUUAGAUUAAGAUAAUUUUUUUUAACCCUUUUG